CCCUUGUCCCAGUUCCCUUUCCAGCACAUCAGUAGGGGAGAACUGCCUGCCCUGACAGCGCUGUUUAUUCCCACUGCCAGGUCCGUGAGCUUCACCUCUCUGUACAACCUGCUGCGGGCCCGGCUCUGUCCCUAUUUCUACGUGUGUGCAGCGCAGUUCUCGGUGCUGUUCCGCGCCGCGGGGCUGGCGGGCAGCGCCGUCCCCACCGCCGCCAUCGUCCCCACCACGCGCGGCCUCCGCGAGGCCAUGAGGAGCGAGGGCAUAGAGUUCUCCUUACCUUUGCUCGAGGAGAGUAGAACCAGGAAACAGAAAAACCCGGAGAGUUUGGAAACAGAAACAGCCUCGGGCCUCGGCGAGGGCAGCACUGUGGAGGAUGCGGGGGAACCUGCUCCCAGCGAUGAUGAUGAUGAUGGAAGUUUCUCUUGGCUUGAGGAGAUGGGAGUCCAAGACAAGGUGAAGAAACCGGAUACUAUUUCUAUCCAACUGCGCAAGGAGAAGCAGGAGGUGCAGGUGGAUCACAGACCCGAGUCGCUGGUGCUGGUGAGAGGCAGCAACACCUUCACGCUGCUGAACUUCCUGAUCAGCUGCCGCAGCCUGGUGGCCGUGGCGGGGCCGCAGGCGGGGCUGCCCCCGACGCUGCUGGCCCCGGUGGCUUUCCGGGGCGGGACCCUGCAGACGCUCAAGGCUCGGACUGUCAGCGGCCGUGCCCGGGUGCAGGGGGGCUUUGAGGACGUGUUCAGCCUGGAGCUUCUGGGGCCCGUCCUGCCUCACACCCUGCACGCCCUGACGCUGCUGCUGGGCCCGGCACA